AGGAAUCCGUAAAGGAAACAUCUGUUUGAAGUUUUGGAAAUUUUCUGCAGCUGCAGACGAAACGUCGGGAAUGAUUGCAUCGAGUUUCAGGGACUGUCAGGCGUGGAAAGAUGAGGCUCUCCCUCUGACUACCAGCAGCAAUGAGGCGUCCAAACUGUAUGACGCCAUUCUCACACAGUAUGUGAAAUGGAGAAAUGAUGAAACACUGGGAGGAAUUGAAGGAUGUAUCUCUGCUAUCCAGACAGCUGAUCCUAACUUUGUUAUGGGUCAUGUGAUCAGCACUGGGUUGGAGCUGGUUGCCACGACGAGCAGCCCCCGGCUGGACGAGCGUCUGGCCAGCGCUGUGAGGCGAACGGUGGAGCUCGCCAGCAGCCAGGAUAUUUCUCCCCGGGAGAAGCUCCAUGUCAGAGCUGUGGAGCUCUUCUCACACGGGAAUUUCCCAAAAGCCUGUGAAGUGUGGGAGGAAAUCCUGCUUGAUCAUCCCACUGACAUGCUGGCUCUGAAGUUCGCCCAUGACUCCUACUUCUACAUGGGGGUCCAAACACAGAUGAGGGACUCGGUGGCCAGGGUGCUGCCCCACUGGAAGCCUCACAUGCCGUUGUUCAGUUACCUGAAGGGACAAUACUCCUUCGGCCUCCUGGAGACUCGUUUCUACGACCAGGCUUUGAAAGUGGCCAUGCAGGGUCUCGCCUUGACCCCUGAUGAUGCUUGGGCCGUCCACUCCGUGGCCCACGUCUAUGAGAUGAAGGCAGAGGUGGACAAAGUCUUGAAUUUCAUGGAUAGCAGAGAGAAAGACUGGCAGGGGUCUGACAUGCUGGCCAGUCACAACUAUUGGCACUGGGCUUUAUGCUUCAUCGAGGGGGGGGAAUAUGAAGCUGCUCUGCAGAUCUACGACUCCCAGAUUUUCAAGCGUUGUAAAGCCUCCGGCGCCAUGCUCGACGUCGUAGACGCCUGUUCAAUGCUCUACAGACUGGAGAUGGAAGGUGUGUGUGUGAAGGAGCGCUGGCGGGAGCUGCUGCAGGUCACCCAGCCUCACACCGAUGACCACGUCACGCUGUUCAACGACCUCCACUUCCUCAUGGUGGCGCUGGGGGCCGACGAGGACGGGGCCGCCCAGCGCCUCCUGGAGGGCCUCCAGGAACUGGCCAGGGAACCAGGCGACAAUCAGCAGCAUCAGCUGGCAAAGAGCUUAGGCUUACCGAUGUGUGAAGCUAUGAUGGAGUACAAGCAGGGCAACUUCAGCCAAGCUGUGGCGCUGUUGCACCCGUUACGUUACCGCAUGGUGGACAUCGGUGGCAGCGACGCUCAGAGAGAUCUGUUCAACCAGCUGCUUAUUCAUGCAGCCAUGAAGUCUGACAACAAGCAACAUCACAAACUGGGAAGAUGUCUGCUGGUGGAGCGUGACGCCGUGCGGCCCAACUCCCCUCUGACCCAGCGCCUCACGCAGAAAGCGCUGGCUCUUCACGGCUAGAAGGAUAGCAGCGCGCGGGCGGGUCCCACGUGAAAACAUCAAAGCGCCGCUCUAAUCUGAUUUUGUUGUUUGGGUUUAGAGACAUCGAACCCACAGGAAGGAGCUCCACACCGUUAACCAGAUCAUGCUUCAUGCCCCUGGACAUUCCUCAUUGAAUGUGACAUUAUGAAGAAAUUGUUUGAAAAAUCUGUUAUAUUAUACAAUUCAAAGCAUUUUGCACAUUUAUUUGCAAAUGUUUACUAAUAGAAAUGUGUAUUGAAAAAGUUAAAGAGAGAACCAAUAAAUACUUUGCACUAUG